UUAAUUUUGGAUAAUUGAUCAACCUGAUAGAAUGUGAUGGACCUGGGUCAUUAUGGAAUUCACCUUUUAGAGCUCAGGAAGACUUUGUUUCUGGUUUCUUUUCUGUGAAGACACACCCAGUGAUGGAGAAACGUGAAUGGAAAGUGAAAGCUCCGAGGGAUUAAAAGAAGACGCCUUGGACAGUGAUAGACACCUGACUUGGAGACAUGUCUGACUGCUUUGAGCUGGGACCUAUGACUGAGGACGAGGACAGGUUGGCGGUGGAGGCUCAGGUCAGAACUUUAAAUAUCUUGGAGGAUGCCCUGAACAAGAAGCAGUGGCUGCUGGCAGAGCCGGGGAGAAACUAUGGGCGGCGGGCGGCAGAUGUUCCUCUCAUCUGCCCACAGCUGGUAGAAGAUCUUAUUCAGACUCUGCAGCAGGUCCAGCUUCUCAAACACUACAGGACAAAGCUCGACGAUGGGGUCUGCUCAGUCUACCCCAUACCAACUGCGCCAGUCAUUGGCUUAUGCAUGGAAUUUUGGAAAAGACAUGAGAAUCUGAGCUUCUGCUCCUGCCCGGGGACACUGAUCGCGGCAGCUGCUUGUCUUCUGGGGUAUCAUGAUAUUGAUGCGAGAAGGUUCAUGGCUGAAAUGGAAGAACAUGAGAGACCUAAGCUAAGGGCCAGCCGUAUCUGUGCCGCGUUUGAGGUCUGGAUGAGUCACAAAGGAAAAUACGUCAGCGGCUCAUAUACCUGCUGCGGGGAGAAGUCCAUAAACUCUGUCUGUGAGGACUCCGAUAUGAGGUUUUUUCUACAUUGUAUAAUGGACGAGGAGCAGAAGGAACUUGCAGAAACUUCUAGAAAGACGACUCUGAAGAUCCUACUUGAUGCCCGGGACAAGAGGCUGGUUGUGGACGAUGAAGUUCUGAUCAGUCAACAGCAAGCCGUGGCCACGUUCCCCCUGAUCACCAGGAACCUCCUAGAAGAACUAAUAAAAAAACUGGAAAAGGUGACCUUUAAAUGUGACAUUAAGCCGAGUAACGAAGCGCUCAUGGCCUACCCCGCCGCCCAGGACGUCAUAUAUCUCUGCCCUUUCUUCUGGAAACAAAGCGUCCGGCUGCGUCCAGGAUCUCGCCUUGGAACGUUGAUCCUCUGUGCAGCCAAGAUGUUGGGCUACAGUCAUGUCCUUGGCGAGACAAGUCACCAUGAAGAACCCACGGGGCACCAGGAACGUCGCCCAAUCACGGCCGAUGACAUUUGUAGCGCAUUCGAGAAUUGGAUGGUGCAUCGGGCGCCGUACGUGAAGGGGUCCUACCCCUGCUGCGGGGAGACGGACGAGGACUCUGUGUGCAGAGAAUCCUUCAUGGGAAAAGCGUUAAGUAGUGUUUGCCAGGAGCGACAGGAGGAAUAGAUGAGGACGACAACCUUCAUUACUGAGCCAAAGACCCUGUGGGCUGACCCUCCACGGCCAAUGACGAUGCCAUAGAGUAAAGGGAGACUGGAAAUUAAAGAUACCCUAGUAAAUCUCAGCUAGGGGGCGCAAUGCUUACGACCGACAAGCCCAACCAGCUUUUGAAGGUGCUGAAAAUGAUACUCGCCUCUCUCUGAGCCCAUUGGCUGUGACCCAGGGUCAGGGGCCCUUACAUUUAUUGGACAUCAUGGACUAGUGACUGAUGGGACUACCGUCACUUUAUAGUGCACACAGCGCCGCUCCUCACUCAUGAUUGCAAACCCGAGCCCAUUAUAGUGAAAGGUACUGGGUUCAGGAGUGGGGCUGUGUAGGAGCAGAAUCGGAGGGAUUACGGGGCUUUGCAUAGCGCCAGAGC